AUGGACAGAAUCUAUUUUACAAUUAACGGAAGGAAAUACACUGGUCCCGAGGUAUCGGUGGACACAACGCUCAAUGAGUACAUCAGGCGGCGCGCGGACCUGCGCGGCACCAAGUACAUGUGCCUGGAGGGCGGUUGCGGCGCCUGUGUGGUCAAUGCGCGCGUGCAACGUCCAGGCACCGGCGAGAUCAUCACUUUAUCUGUUAACUCAUGCCUCGUAGCAGUAUUAUCAUGUGAAGGAUGGGAUAUCACCACUAUAGAAGGCAUAGGAAGCAGAAGGAAAGGUUACAACAUCAUCCAGAAAAGACUUAACAAUUAUUUCGGCUCUCAGUGUGGAUAUUGCAGCCCUGGUUUCGUUAUGAGUAUGUAUAGCUUGAUACAAAGUUCAGAACAUCAUUUAUCAGAAGAAGAGAUCGAAAAAUCAUUCGGCAGCAAUCUAUGCAGAUGUACCGGCUACAGACCCAUUCUAGAGGCCUUCAAGUCAUUUGCAGUAGACCCCGACCCGAAAAUAAUAAACAAGAUUAAAGAUAUUGAAGACAUUGAUAAUUUAAUCUGUACAAAAUCAGGUAAAAAGUGCGGUGGGACCUGUGAAGAUGACGAAGAAGAAUGGUGUCUAAUAAAUGCAAAAGUCACGACGAGCAAUGAUGAUUCGGUGACCAAGAAGAUAUUGAUUUCUGAUGAUAAAGUGUGGUUUCGAGUUAACAAUAUUAAAGCGAUAUUUGAGGCGCUGGAUGACGUUCAAGGGUAUGAUAACUACAUGUUGAUUGCGGGGAAUACUUCUAGAGGAGCUUAUCCUAUAAAGUUUUUCCCCAAAGUUCUGGUCGAUAUAAGUGGUGUGGCCGAAUUACGCACGCACUUUCUGGACGUGAACUUAGUUCUUGGGGCAAGCACAACCCUAACCGACACUUUAAACUUAUUCAACGUAUUAAGCAAGACGAAUGAUGAUUUCUGGUACUUGGAAGUUUUGAAGAAACAUUUUGAAGUGGUUGCCCAUAUACCUGUGAGAAACAUUGGCACUUUAGCCGGGAAUCUUAUACUGAAACAUGAGCAUCCAGAUUUUCAGUCAGAUAUUUUUCUGCUGUUUUCGUGUGUUGGAGCAAUUGUAACACUAGGUAGGAAGCAUGGACCUAAAAAUAAUAAACACAAGAAUGUUGGUUAG